GUCAUGUGAUAACACAAGCUCCUCCCACUGCAUACUUAAGGCCCGCAGUCAUUGAGAUCCGCAGUUCAACACGACGGGCAUAUUGUCAGGCUGGGAACUAUCAGGUUGUAACUAUGCCGAAAAGGGAACGUGUUAAACCUGGCAAAUGGCACGUGUCUGAAACUCCAGAGGGAAGGAUUCAAGAUUGGUUGACGGCAUGGGACAAGGGCCAUUGGGAUUUCGUCUACCUGAAACCUAGCCCGAAUCUGGUGAAAUACUUUGAUAAAGUUACUGAGGGACGGAAAGGUCUGAAAAUACUCGUGCCCCACUGUGCCACGACCUAUGACCUCAUCUGGUUAUGUGAGCAAGGGCACAGUGUGGUUGGCACUGAUCUGGCCGAGAGCGCCGCACAGCGGAUCUUCAAACAGUACAAGAAGAAACCAGUUAUUGAAGACGUCCCGAGUAUCGCCGGAAAACUUUACAAGAAUGACACUGGUACCUUCAAAUUUUACGUGGGCAAUUUCUUUCUGUUUAACGAGGAUUUGGAAGGAACGUUCGACUUCAUCUGGGACUCGAAGGCCAUGUGCGCUGUUGAUGUUCGAGACAGACCCGACUACUUGAAAGUCAUCCGACGGGUGAUGGGACCAAAGGGUACGAUGAUGCUGGAGUUUCCUAAGAACAUUUUUCCAGGUGCACCCUAUCAUUUCACUGAGGAACAGUUGAAAGAUAUUUACGGCGACAUCUGCGAUGUGGAAUACCAAGACGAAUACGACUUCGACCCAAGAAAGGUCUACCACGGGGAUGUGGACGAAGAAGGACAACCACUGAAGGAGGAAGUGGGGAAGGAAGAGGCCAGUCAGUCUGACGAAGAGGCGUUAGCUGUGAUUGUUCUACAGAAUUAUUUUCUGAAGAAGAGGGAGUAAUGUAUGUCUUCUCCUGACUGUGGCCUGUAAGCAACUCUCACAGAGCUCACGAGUCAGGGUGCAGUCAAUUCUGUAGACAUGGGGAAUAUUGAGCUU